AUGGAAUCGACCGUCCACGAGCGCCGGCCGACUACCAAAGAUAUCACCGAGCUCCAAAAGCUCUCGACCAAACCGCCCACGGAUCCCCAUCUCAAACAUGGAGUUCCUAUGCAGCUCUUGCGCUCGGUUUUAUUGUCAACAUGGUUCAACUGCUGUGUACUUGUGAUUUGUGCCACACAGAUAGUUGGAUUGCCGCUCUAUGUCAUCAAUAGACGGUACUAUUAUGCCUACAUGGCUUAUACCAAGCAGUGUUUCGCACUAGCCCUGACCGCUGUCACCGAAUGGAGCUCUCCGACCCUCAUUCGAGUGAGUGGAGAUGCCAGUGUGCGUGGUCAAAUCCAUCUAUCUAAAGAUGGACUGUUGCAAACUCGGUUCCCCGAGCGACUUGUCUUGAUCUCGAAUCACCAAGUGUACACCGACUGGGUAUAUCUCUGGUGGGUGGCAUACACGAAUGCAAUGCACGGACGGAUAUUCAUCAUCCUGAAGGAGUCAUUGAAGUACAUUCCCGUAGUUGGCACGGGUAUGAUGCUUUAUGGCUUCAUCUUCAUGGCCCGCAAGUGGUUGGCGGACAAGCCGAGACUCCAACAUCGUUUGGAGAAAUUAAAAACCAACUUCACGGGCUCGAAUUCGGCUCGCCCGACAUAUGAUCCCAUGUGGUUGUUGAUAUUCCCCGAAGGAACAAACCUGUCUAUCAAUACCAAGGGCCGCAGUGAUGCGUGGGGUAAAAAGCAGGGGCUGCCUUCGUUCAAACAUGAGAUCCUUCCUCGCUCCACGGGGCUGUUUUUCUGCCUCCAGCAAUUGCGUGGAACUGUUGACUGGGUGUAUGAUUGCACAAUCGCAUACGAAGGGCCACCGAAGGGAAGUUACCCGGACAAAUACUUCACACUCCGUUCCACAUACCUCCAAGGGCGUCCACCAACCUCUGUCAACAUGCAUUGGCGCCGUUUCAAGGUCUCCGAGAUUCCCCUAGAAGAUCAAAAAGACUUCGAAGCGUGGUUAAUUGAGCGUUGGUCAGAAAAGGACCAGCUUAUGGAUGAGUACUUUGAGACAGGCCGCUUCCCCUCUGAGUUGGCGGGAUCGGUCAAGGCUGAUGGCGUAGACAAGGGCCAAAAAAUUGCAGCAGAGGCUGGGUUUGUCGAGUCUUACGCUCGUCUACAUCACUGGCGUGAGCUCGGCUUGAUUUUCUUGGUGCUUCUUGGUGUUGCUUCUGUUUGUAAAGUGGUGACUAGCUGUUUACAGUAG